GCCGCUGCUGAACGUGGUGGGGGGGUAGGAGGAGGGGUCCACAACUCCGAACAACUUAAUCUCUCGCUUGCUUAAACUACGUAGCAGUAACUUUGUAAGAGCGACAGCGGGCCAAUGAGUUGGGUGGACGAGCUACAGCACCUGCAGUGAUUUUUUUUUAUUAUUUAGUUUGUGCGUACAGCGGGCGUCGUUUUUGCGUUUGCGAUUUAACUGCGGUUGUUAUAAGUGUGCUGGUGUGUGUUUGUGCCCUUUGGACCACGACACCCGAAGCUUUCAAUGUCGCGAAAGUUGCGGGCUCCUGACGUGUGCGCAGACUGCAGCACAAGCGAUCCCGGCUGGGCAUCGAUAAACCGUGGCGUGCUCGUCUGCGAUGAGUGCUGCAGCGUGCACCGCUCCCUGGGCCGUCACAUCUCCCAGGUCAAGCACCUGCGGCACAGCAACUGGCCGCCGUCCCUCCUUCAGACAGUGCAGGCCCUUGUGACCAGUGGCGCCAACUCCAUCUGGGAGCACUCCCUGCUGGACCCCGUGCAGAUACAGAGUGGCCGACGCAAACCCAACCCUCAGGAUAAGAUCCAUCCCACCAAGGCUGAGUACAUCCGGGCCAAAUACCAGCUGCUGGCAUUCGUGCACCGCUUCUCAUCUCGAGAUGACGAGAGUGUUACUGCCGAGGACAUCAGCAAGCAACUGCACUCGAGUGUGCGAACUGGGAACCUGGAGACCAGCCUGCGGCUGCUGUCCCUGGGGGCCUAUGCAAACUUCUUCCAUACGGAUAAGGGCUCCACUCCUCUCCACGUGGCAGCCAAGGCUGGGCAGACGCUUCAGGCAGAGCUGCUGGUGGGAUACGGCGCAGACCCUGGGGCUCUGGACAUCAAUGGAAAAACCCCCGUGGUAUACGCACGGCUCGCAGGGUAUCACGAGCUGGCUGAGAGGCUGUUGGAGUGUCAGUAUGAGCUGACGGAUCGCCUGGCCUUCUACCUUUGUGGAAGGCGUCCCGACCACAGGAGUGGCCAGCACUUCAUCAUCCCACAGAUGGCUGACAGAAGGACACCAAACCUGGAUCUCUCCGAGUUGGCAAAAGCUGCAAAGAAAAAGCUUCAGGCUCUGAAUAAUCACCUUUUUGAGGAGCUGGCAAUGGAUGUGUACGACGAGGUGGAUCGAAGGGAAACGGACGCAGUGUGGCUUGCAACGCAGAACCACAGCAUGCUGCUGAGCGAGCGCACCGUGGUGCCGUUCCUGCCCGUCAACUCGGAGUACUCAUCAACACGAAACCAGGGCCGGCAGAAGCUGGCGCGCUUCAACGCUCGCGAGUUUGCGACGCUCAUCAUCGACAUCCUGAGCGAUGCCAAGAGAAGGCAACAAGCCGUGACUGCUCUAGGGCCCAAAGCAGACGUUCACCUGACGAACCGGAACGAGAACGCUCGUCCCGCGGACGACCAGCCCGACUACGACAGCGUCGCCUCGGACGAGGAGCCCGACUCGGAGCAGGGCCCCCACGGCAGGGGCGGCCGCAGCAAGCAGAAUGCCGCAUUUCCGAACGACACGGAUGGCCCCGUCGCCAUCCGGGAAUUUCUGGAUGUCAAGAAUGCCCUGGCAGCGUCUGAGGCCAAGGUGCAACAGCUGCUGAAGGUCAACAGCUUCCUCAACGAGGAGCUGCAGCACCUGCAGCAUGAGGUCAGGAAACUGCACAGCGAGAACGCGGCGCUUCGGCAGCAGUACAACACCAGCGUCUACCAGAACCACAGCGCCCCACCCGCGGCUCCGCCGCUCGCUCCGCCGGUCGAUCGCAAUGAUGUUGGGCCGCGGAAGGUGUGCCGGCCGUUCUCCAUGUACGAGACGGGACACCGCGCCUACCACCCCGCCGGGGACGCCGCGGCUCCAGGGGAGGUGCCCGCAUUCCAGAGCAGCCAGCCCUUCCAAAACAGCUUCUCACCACCACGCUACAUAGGGGCGGUGCCAGGCUGCAUGGCUCCAGCUGGAAGAGGGCCUCUCGCAAACGCCGUGUCCUUUCCGUCGUCGCCAAACCUCGUGUCCUGGGGCCAAGAGACUCCACACCUGGUGGUCACCUACCAGCACACCUGGACACAGGCGUCAAAACUGGACAAGAGACUUAGUGCUGCUGGAAGUGACUAUGACAACACUCAAAAUGAAGAGGAGCAAAAUAACACGGGCAGCGGGACCAGCAUUGGCACGAAGCGGGUGAGGUGCGACGGGCAGGCCGGGGCCUCCCCGCUCGGGGAUGGCGCCGGUGUGGCGCAGUGUCAGGAGUUGAGCGGAGAAGUGGACCCUUCGCUUCCCAGCCCCGAGGACGUGAUCCACAAGACGGAGCACAUCACCAAGAACAUCCAGGAGCUGCUGCGGGCGGCGCAGGAGAGCAAGCACGAGAGCAAGCAGCUGGAGAGGGACAAUCUACGGCGCUUCAGGCACAGCCUGGGGUGCUUCAGCAGCCUGGUGCUGUGGGGUGAUCGCCCCAUGCCCCACCAGCCCACUCUGCAGCCACACAGGCCUAGCUCUCUCGACUGCUUUGUGCCGUGUUCAGAAAAAAUAUCUGCAGCAGUAUACGAGAUGGCAGCUCUAUUCCCUAAGAGGCCGGCGCUGGAGGCCGUGCGCUCCUCGCUGCGGCUACUCACGAGCAGCGCCGCCCGCCUCGCCACCGAGUGCCGCAAGACGGCCGCACCGUCGGGCCCCGGCCUGCCUCCUGUGGACCUGCAGCUGCUCACGCAGCAGGUGAUCCAGUGCGCCUACGACAUCGCCAAGGCCGCCCGCCAGCUCGUCGCCAUCACCACCAACGAGGGCGGCCAGUGACCACCGUGUCCGACCCCGAGGCCCACCUCCGUGCGGGUUGGGCUCACGGGGAAAUGCUGAAGGGCGGGUGGCUGGAUUUGAGGCCUCUUGUACCUCUUUUCCAACUGUACAACCGAACCGCACCAAGGCCAUGUCGAGCCAGUCCGGCACGGCUCUGGAGGUGCCCACGGUGGUUAUUCCACUGCGGAAGCCGGGUCGUGCCAUUGCCGUCAAACGCGGUGAACGUGUUGAAAUGCGUGUAUUUGAUUUGCCGACGCUAUGUCCUCACAGUGUAGUGACUGACAUCACACACAAUGAAUGGAUCAUUAGACACACCCUUGGUCCUGCUUGAUUCAAAAUGUCAUGCGAGGCCCACCAAUACCAUGGUUUGGUUCCAGCUCGGCAUGUCAGGUAGGCAGUGGAAAAACCCACCUUGUACCGUGAAGGGCCCGGGCUGGCGUGGCUCGGAUGUGCAAGUGGAACGUGGGUAUUAGAUACCUGGGCUUAAUCGCCUGGGGAUAAAGAGCAAUAAAUGCGAGAGCAAACAUUGUAUUAUUGAUCUCAGGCUCUGUGUGGUCACUGGCGACCGCACAGAUGUGGCCCAACAUGACAGUUUGUUUUGACUCGGUGAUUACUCAUCUCUGGGAGUAUAAAGCAGUGACAAAUGUGAAAUGGUUAAUGUCCGCAGCAGUUGCUGCAUGCUCUGGCCAGUGUGGUUUAUGCUAUGACGAGCAGUCUUGUGAUGUCUUGGGUCGGAAGCUUUCCUAAUCGAGUAUGUGAGCAUUUGUUUUUUUGCUGGACAUUGAAAGUUUGGAAAUGGUAAAUGCUGUGAUAUAUUUCGCAAUAUCGCCAAAUAUAUAUAUUUUAAUGAUAAAAAAAUAACAUGCAUACGUGGCAUUAACUUCCUAAAUUUUCUAUUCUAGAGUUGCAAUUCUUUGGGAGGUAAGGGGGACAUGGGUUAUUUUGGUAAUCUUCAAAUUUGUACUUUUUUAUGCCAUGGGAUAUCCUUUAACUCAAAAGGCAAAUCAUGUUAGUGACUAUUUGAGCCCUGCUCAUUAUGCCUGCUUGUUUAGCGCUCUUUGUCUGUAGAUGACUCGGCUUCAUCGUGCUGCUUUGCCUGUGUACUUGUACUUGAAUUGUUGACUUUUACUGUUAUUUGACUCGGACGUUGAUGUUUCAUCAUUGACUAUGACAGUGGUUGAAAUGGCCACUCUCAAUAGACAGCGACCACAGCAGUAUCUUAUGAUGAGUUUUACUCGGUGAAUUUAGGAAUAAUACUGGAAUUGUUCCUUUUUUAGAAGGCAAUUUUAUUAAAUGUGUGUUUAAUAAAAUUAAAAUACUCUGUGCCAUGCUGCUGAAUAUAGCAAAUGUGGUUUCAUUAUACGGGGCCUGAUUAUGGCCCCCUUUUUAAAAAUCAAUCUCUCCAAAAACAUCCCUUGAUUUAUGACCUUGGUUUCUGACCAGAACACUGAUUCUCCUAGCCCAGGUUGAUUCGUGGUAUAAGUGAUGCUAACCUGCAUUUUUUGUAGAGUUGAAGCUGAAAUGUUGCCAAGAAGUCACAUGACUAAAGGGCUCAUGACGACGGCUUAUGCAAGUCUGAUCUCAGAUCUCGGAAGCUGCACAGGACAGAGCCUAGUUAGUACUUGUGUUGCGGCGCAAUGUACGACUCCGAGGCAGGUUCCGUUAGGGGCUCACGCCAAGUUUAUUUAGGGUUUUACGCCGAACCAACCCCCCCCCCCCGAGCCUAUAACCAGAGGUGUGGACUCGAGUCAUGUGACUUGGACUCGAGUCAGACUCGAGUCAUGAAUUUGAUGACUUCAGACUCGACUUGGACUUGCAUAACAAUGACUUUGUCCCACCUGUGAGGUGUGGACUCGAGUCAUGUGACUUGGACUCGAGUCAGACUCGAGUCAUGAAUUUGAUGACUUCAGACUCGACUUGGACUUGCAUAACAAUGACUUUGUCCCACCUCUGCCUAUAACUCCCCAGGGUACAGGGGACUGUGAUCCCUCCAACCCCGGCUAACUCGGCUCUCCUCCCUGCCCCGGGCCGGGACUACCCCAACCUCGGCCGGUUGGGCGGAGUAGCCUCCCCUAGCCUCGUGUGAGGAUCAACUACCACGAGUCCCCACUCCUACCCUCGACAAACCCCGGUUACCUCCCGGGCCCCCCUUUAAAUACCCCCUCCCCCCCCGGGGGCAUGACGUCACGUUCCACUCAGAGGGCGAGCGUGACGUGACGUCACCCACUACUCCCCUACAUUGGGAUGGGUAACUGUCAGGACUUGCCAGGUGUUGUCGCCACGAGGCUGUGAGGCAGAGGUCGCAACCGGGUACCCGAUACCCGGCUACCCGUACGGUACGGGUACUCGUUUGCGAUCCUGGUGCGGCCGGGUACGGGUAUGGGUAGGCCGUGAGUCACUGGUGAGUAACUGUUUGUCACUCAUUUCCCAACGUCUUGUCUCUUCUCACAAUUCAAGUUCCUAGAAUCAACCCACCCGCGCCUGCAACAUGGCUUCAUCCCAGAGGUCGCAAUCAGGUACCCGAUACCCGUUUGCGACCCUGGUGCGGCCGGGUACGGGUAAGGAAUCGAAACCCGUUUGCGACCUCUGCUGUGAGGUGGCCAGGAGAUUACUGCAAUCCUACAAACCCACGGAGUGUUGCAAUCUUGCAUGCAUAUGUGUUCUCCGAGUACUCCCGGUUUCUUCCUGCAAGCCAAAAAAAUAAUUCUAGGAAUUGGCAAAACGUCCUGAGUAAGUAAUUGCCGUUCUUUAAUUGUAAGAAGCAUUCUUUUCCCAUAAUUUAGAUUUGAAAGGUCUCAAUAUUAAAUCAAUCUCUUUAUAUAUGUAUGUAUAACUAGUCGUUUUAUUUCCCUAAUAGGUGCAAAAAUGUCGCUAAGUUUGCUUAAGGUGGGUCCAGUUCUAUUAACGACCACAUUGAGAGUGGAGCUCUGACGUGGGUCUUGUUAACAGAACGGCAGUGCCUUCACAAUCGCAAUAAAAGUGCCAUAUUUUGGCGUAUAGGAAUAAAAAAAAACCUGUUCUAAAUCUGGAAUCUCUUCAUUUCGUGUGUGAUUUCCGAAUAACAAUUUAUGCCAGUUCCACAGUGUAACAUAAAAAUGGUUGAAAAAAAAAUCCUGAUAAGAAUAUGAACCCUUUUCGCAUUCUUCCAGAAGGGGGUUUCCUGUCAACCAAUUUUUCGACUUGAGAACUUAAAGGGCACAACAUGAGAAAGCCGAUUACAAUGUGGGGAAAUAUUUUUAAGACACGCGGAAUCUGACGGUGGGAUGGGCAAGUCCGUGUGUGUGGUGUGACAGUGUGGAUACUCGUGCCUCUUCCAAGCGUGGCCAGCAUGGAAGAGUAGGCCAAACGCCCUCUAGGAGGGGUUGCUUUUAGUGCAUCCCUCCAGUGGAGGUGCCUCCGUCAGCAGUGGUGUGAGGAAGCAAUUGCUGCACGUUUAUCUCCGAGCAGUCUUAGAAAAAACACACAAAGUCGUGUAUUAACCAUUGCACACAGGGACAGAUCAUGUCCAUCAGACGCAAGGUUUGUCCACCUGUACAAAAAGUCGUUAUUUUGUUCUUGUAGCCACCUUGUUGCCCGAUCACACCCUGUAUUAUUAUUAUACGUUUUGUUUACUUGAGCGCCACAGCAGCACGUUCAAUAUCAACCAACAACAAAGCUGUCAAGCAAUUUAACGUCUGACAGAGUACAUGUGUUUUUGUUGGGUCACACUGACUUUAAGGAUAAGCUGACACAGCAUUAAGCGCCACACUGUGUUUCCUUUGGGAAUAUAUGUUUACAAAUUAGUCGCAUUUCACUGGCAAGAGACAUUAACUCAUGUUCAGAAACCCUUUCUAGAGGCCCGGCACUUAGGAACCAUACAUGUUGUAGCACUAAACGAAAGCCUGUUGAUUGGCUUUGACACAUACUACCAUUUAAAAACAAAUAGAUUUCUAACACUUGACUUGCUACUACUGACAAACGUAAAUAUUGGCAUGUUGGUGCAUUAAUAAUGUUUAGAAAUACUACUGAAUUAUAUUUCUCUUUUAUAUAAAUAUACACGUGUGGUGUUGGAACUGGAAUUGUUUUAGAUAGAAUGAAACUAAGUAUAUAAGCAUCUUAACCUGAAUAGCUGUACCAUGUUGGGCGAGUGUACUAUUUCCGCUUCUAUUUAAAACACACGCUGACUCGAGAAAUGCGCGUUUAACACGGUGGAAUUCAAAUGCUCUUCACUAUUCAAAUCUCGUUUUGACCAAUAAUGCUACGAGAGAAGCAUCUCAUCUAUGUUACACUUCAAUGGCUGGAGAACUGAGAUAUGGGUGUUUGAGAACUACUGUUUUAAACUAUGACAACAUACUGUCACUUCUGUUUUAUGUUAAACAGUUGGAAUGUAAGUGAACAAAUCUUGUAUGGAUAUGGACUGGAAAAAUAAACAAUUUUAAUGUUG